GCCUGGAGCAGUGACGUCGGCGUCACGUGACUGUGUGUCGGGUCACCGUGGAGGACAGACAGCAACAUGGCGGGGAGACUGACCCGGCUUCUGGUCCCGACGGGGAGCCUGCUUCACAAGGCGGGCGUUCACACCAGCUCAGUGAGAAGCCUGAAGUAUGGCUGGCUGGCCUACGCUCUGGGUGAGAGGACGACUCCUCGCUUAAAGAAGUACAGCAAAAUCUUUGCGGUGGAUGGAAACUUGGCCUCAGGAAAAGGAGCGCUGGCCCAGAAGCUGGCUGACCAGCUGGGGAUGCUGUACAUGCCUGAGCCUGACACGUUCUAUCUGGACAAAAUGACCGGGGAGAAAGAGCCCCUUCCUGUCGCUUUCAAUGGGAUGUGCAGCCUGGAAAAGUUCUACACAGAUCCCAAAGCUGCUGAUGGAAACAGUUACCGGCUGCAGCUGUGGAUGUACAUCAUGAGGCUGAUGCAGUACUCUGACGCUAUUGAACAUAUGCUCACCACAGGCCAGGGAGUGAUCCUGGAGCGCUCCCCCUUCAGUGACAUGGUCUUCCUGGAGGCCAUGUUCAAGCAGGGCUACAUUAGGAAGGAGUGUGUGGAGCAUUACAAAGAGAUCAAAAACAUCAGCAUCUGUGAGUUCCUUCCCCCACACCUCGUCAUCUACGUGGACGUGCCAGCCGCCGAUGUGCAGAAGAAGCUAAAACAGAGCGGAAAGUCUUACCUGCACAAUGUGCCCCUGCAGUAUGUGAAAAACAUCGAGGAUAGCUACAAGAAGUCUUUUCUGCCCAAGAUCAGAGAAACGUCAGAGCAGCUGGCCUACAACGCGGCCCAGGUUCAGGACGUGGAGAGGAUUGUGGAGGACAUCGAGGCUCUAAAGUUUGAAAAGGGGCCGUGGGUGGAGCAGGACGACGUCAGCUACCACCACAUGAGAAUGCUUGUGGAGGACAAACAGGGAGUGGCCACGCUGACCCACGUACCCAAAUUCCUGCCCGAGAUCACCAUCGGAGCCCACGACUACGACGAGAAAUACUACGCCUACAAAGCGCUUCCUGGGAAGAAGUACGCUGUUGGCUUCAAUGAAGACAUCGGAGACAAAUACAUCUGGCUGAAGUGAAUUCUCCUCGACUCUACACUCGUCGCCCAAAGAGCGUCGUCCUUGGCUGUUCUGUUGUAAAUCCUGAUUAAUAUGUAUUAAAAGAAUAAAUUUUGAAUCUACGUGUCA